AUGGGGCGAUUUGUCCUUGUGAGCCUUGGCUGGCUGGUCGCGGCUUUCUCCCUACCUGGAGCCAAAGGCUGCUGUUGUCCUCGUGAUUGGUUCCCCAUGAACAGCUUAUGCUACAAGGUCUUUGAGGAAAAAAAGAACUGGAACAAUGCCGAGAUGUUCUGCAGGAAACACAAGCCAGGCUGCCACCUCGCCUCCAUCCACAGCCUGGCAGAAUCAGCUGACUUGGCCGAGUACAUCGCUGACUAUAUCACAAAGAAAGACAUCGUUUGGAUUGGACUGAACGAUCCACGGAAAACGCGCUCCUGGGAGUGGUCAGACAGAUCCUGCGUUGACUACCUGUCCUGGCAACCAGGAGAACCCAGCAACAGCGGUAACAACGAGUAUUGUGUCCACCUCUAUCCCCAAGCAGAUUACAAGAAGUGGAAUGACAUACCCUGUGACACCGCCUGUUCUUUCAUCUGCCAGUGCAAAUUCUAGUGCAAGUGGCUCCUCUUCCUGC